CAGUCGCCUGACAACCUUCCUCAGUAAUAGAUCGGUGUGUUCUUCAUCUGCCGCUGUUCCUGAGAAGUCAAGUCGAGAGUUUUUCAACAGCAAACCGAGCGAAUUGCGGAUGCAUCUUACAGACUAAGCGCGAGCAAAAAGAGAAUCAGCUCUCUGCACGAAUUUUGAGUUGCAGCAUUGCUCUUCUCAUCCCCGGACUGGAGUACCCGAAGAUCAUCACCAAUCCAUACCCUUUAUUAUGGCUGAUCUUCAGGAUCUGGACAGGCACUUAGCCUCACUACAGGCAAGCCCUGCAACACUGGCUGUUCUCAAGGACCUUCAUACCCAGGCUCUCAAUGAGCCCCCGUAUGUGAGCACAGAUAGUCAACCUGCUUCAGUGGCGCUGGAAAGAUUCGUGGCCCUGGAGCCGGAUAAGUGCGCUCUGGUAUACCUCCUCCUGCGCGCUACAGGGGCAAGACAUGUCGUCGAGGCCGGGACCUCUUUUGGCGUCAGCACUAUCUGGCUUGCCCUCGCCGUAGGACAAAAUGCAACGGCACAAGCUGCCAAUGGCAAAGUGAUCGCUACAGAGAACGAGCCUGUCAAAGCCGAGAAAGCUCGAGAGCACUGGAGCAGGGCGGGGCCUGAGGUUGAAUCUUGGAUCGAACUUAGAGAGGGUGACCUGCGAGAGACGCUGAAGACUGAUCUGCCUAAGGAAGUUGACUUUUUAUUACUUGACAUCUGGUCGCGGCUUGCGAUGCCUACACUCGCUCUUGUGAAGCCACAUCUCAAAUCCGGCGCCUUGAUCGUCAUUGACAACAUAAUUUCUGGUCAAGCUGGUUACAAGGAUCUGAUUGAGCAUCUAGAUGAUCCUGAUAAUGGGUUCAGGACAACUACGGCUCCAUAUAAUGGUGGUUUGCGAGUAGCUGUAUACCUGGGUCAUUAGAUAAGUCCAGGCUUGUGGAAGAGGGCAAUUGAGGUGAUGGGCAAGAGCAAUCACAUGGCAACAAAUAUGCCAAGAUAUCAAUAGCAAGAGGAGCUCCCCGGAGCUCCUGGACACAAUAGGACAGCCUCCUUUAGACGUCUACACCCCAAAUUUCGCGUCAUGUUCAGAGA